UCAAUAAUUUCUGAUACAGGCUACAUAUUUACACCCACAACCCACAAAACGAACGUUCUCCUGGAUAUUCAAGACAUGGCAGAUGAACCGAUUAACCUGGUACUUUCUAGCCAGGUUGCGAGUCGCUUCGUAUCUUCGAGUGAUCUAGAAACUGCUAGGCAGAAGCGAGAAGAGGAAUGGAAAGCCACCUAUCAGCGACUUGGACAGGAAGCUCCACCGAUGCCCAAUGAGGAAUACGAUGGUCGUUCAUUAUACGAGAAAUUGAAGGAAACGAAGGAUAAAAAACAGGAGGCUUUCGAAGAAAAAUUGAAAUUCAAGAAUCAAUUCCGGGCUCUAGAUGAUGAGGAAGUCGCAUUUUUAGACGAUGCAGCUGAAGAAAAGCGUGCAAUAGAGAUGGCAAAACAAGAGGAGAUCCAAAAAGAGAUGAAACGCUUUAAAGAGGCGAUCGCAUCUAGGACCGCUGACACCCCUGUAAUCGGCUCUGCAGGAACAACGACAGCGGCAGAAAUUAUUGGCAAAGGAUCAUCACCCACCAGCGUAUCAAUACCUCAGACAGUAGCAACAGCAUCAACCAACCAGAAGACGACUACGAUGAUACCCAAGAAAUCCCGCAAGGCUAAAGACUUCCAGAGGGCCUUUUUAGCUGGAGCCAUUCGGCCUAAAUCGACAACCGACCAACAAGGAGCAUCUGCGACUAAGAAACGCAAAUCCUUAGAUACCUCAACGCCCGCUCCCGCCGCCUCCAAUCAACCAAUAGCCUCAUCUCGACCAUCUGACUCCCCUGAUUCAGCUGACCCAGAGACUUCACAGCCUACGCAAGGUAAUCCUCCUGACCCAAAGAAAGCUAAAAAAUAGUCAUGACAUGUUCGAUUUCUCUGUAUCCACGUUUUAUUAUUUUCUGUAAUCUACAUCCAAACAUGCUUUAUGCCUUUUUUCUCACCCCAUCAUAAAAUAAUGAAGCA